CGGGUCAGUCACGCCUAGACUCGUUCGAAAAGCGAAACCAUAAUCAUUCCACGGCGAUGUACGAAGACUGAUGCUCUUGUCGUGGACUCCCUGUGCAAACGUGCUAUUUUACUCAUUGUAACGGGCUUUGAUAUCCGACAGAGAUAUUUUUAUAAAAUAAUGUUGUGAUUUAAACCGUCGCUUGUGGUGUUAAGUGUUCCAUUACGUUUAAGUGAAAAAUUAUACAAAGAAUAUUGUGUGUGGUGCAAUAGUGUUCAAGGCAGUUAACUUAUCCUGGAUUCCUAAGGAUUGUUUUUAACCAGUGAAGAGAUAAUUUGUAAUAAGGUCUCGUCCACGAGCUCGCAGCGCUGUUAACGCACUAUGAGAGUGCGCUCUACAUGCUUAUGAUCUCAAUAUUGAACAAAAUACACGUUUGAAGCCCGCAUAGUACAUCAAAAUGGCAUUUCUAUGUAUGGGGCGGGCGGGCAGCAGCAGUGCGACGAGUGGGCGGCGGCGCGCGCGGUAGAGUGCCGGCCACAUGCGCCCGCGCCAUGUGGCGCGUGCUGCUGGCCCUGGGGGCCGCGUGCGCCGCCGCGCGCGCCUCGCAAGACGUGGUCCUCUCCUUCACCGACCCCGUGACGGCGCCAUACUCGUUCUUCAAUCAUCUGGCCGUCGAUCGCAACACCGGCCGGGUGUAUGUCGGUGCCGUCAACAGAAUCUACCAACUCUCCCCCGACUUGGACGUCGCACAGUCGAUUAUAACGGGCCCCGUCAACGACUCCGCCCUCUGCACCUUCGACUGCCCCUCUAAUUAUGUGAAGAAACCUACGGACAAUGUGAAUAAAGCUCUAGUGAUUGACUACGCAACUAGCCGCCUUAUAACAUGUGGUUCGGUUUUACAAGGGCUGUGUUCUGUUCGAAAUUUGAAUAAUAUAUCUCACGAUGUGCGCGAAGUGCGUGAGCCGGUUGUGGCAAACAACGCGACCGCCUCCACCGUGGCAUUCAUUGCUCCAGGACCGCCAAAUCCUCCCAUGACCCAAGUUAUGUAUGUAGGAGUCACUUUCACGGGUAACUCGCCCUACCGCUCAGAAGUUCCUACAGUGAGCAGCCGCUCUCUCGAAGACGAUCGUCUAUUCAUGAUAGCUAGAACGGCCGUUACUACUGGUACGAGAAUGUUUGUCAAUUCAUUAUCUCGUGAACGCUAUCCCAUCAAUUAUGUGUACGGCUUCAAUUCGGAAGGAUUCAGUUACUUUUUGACAACCCAGUUGAGAGCUGUAGGAUCAGACACAUACUAUAGCAAAUUAGUUCGGGUCUGCCAUGAUGAUGAGAACUAUUACUCCUACACUGAAAUCCCUAUGUCAUGUACGGGGGAAGGAGGUGGAAACUAUGGGUACAAUUUAGUACAAGCAGCAUUUGUUGGAAAAGCUGGAUCUGUGUUAGCUGGAGAGCUAGGAAUCACUGCCCAACAUGACGUUCUGUUCGCUGCUUUCAGUCAGAGUGAAUCCAUCAAUACAAACACUCCUUCCGAUUUAUCGGCGCUGUGUGUAUAUUCCCUAAAAGCUAUUCGCCGUAAAUUUAUGCAGAAUAUUAAGACAUGCUUUAGUGGAAAUGGUUCUCGAGGACUUGACUUUAUAUCACCUUCACAUGCAUGCAUUGGAACAAAGCUGCAAUCAAUCAGCGAAGAUUUCUGUGGGCUAGAUGUAAAUACUCCUUUGGGAGGUGAACAACCAGUUGAAGCGGUUCCUGUUGCUAUAUUUUCUAAAAGGCUAACAGCGGUUGCGGCAACGGCCACCGGCGAUUAUACCGUCGUGUUUGCCGGCACCGCUCAGGGACACCUUAAGAAAAUUGUUGUCGAAAGUGCCACUUCUGCUUUCGAGUAUGGAGACAUCGUCGUCGACGAGGGUUCCGCUGUGAACAAAGACUUGUAUUUCGAUACUCAAUUUAUGCAUUUAUAUGUAAUGACUGAACGUAAAGUGUCUAAAGUGAAAGUUCAAGAGUGUAGCGUAUAUAAAUCAUGCUUAACAUGUCUCGGAGCCAAAGACCCUUAUUGUGGAUGGUGUUCUUUAGAAAAUAAGUGCAGCUUGCGAUCGGACUGUCAAGACGCAGCUAAAGAUCCGCUAUAUUGGAUCUCGUAUCGCAGCGGUCGUUGCACGACUAUAACUCAAGUAACUCCAAAUCAACUGCAACGAACGACUGCUAGAACGUUAGAUUUACUUAUCGAAAACUUGCCCACGCUCAAUGGUCAAUUUUUGUGUGCAUUUACAGCUUUAGACCGUACUUUGAUAACCAAUGCUACUAGGAAACCGUAUGGCGUUAAUUGUACCACUCCGCGCACCGAUACGCUCCCUUCUAUCCCCACCGGUCAGCAUCAUUUUACGGCAAAACUCUCGGUGCGUACCACCCAAGGGCCUGAUUUUGUCGCCACUAAUUUUACAUUCUUUGACUGCAAUACCUACAGCUCGUGCACUCAAUGCGUUAGCUCCUCCUUUCCUUGUGACUGGUGUGUCGACGGACAUCGUUGUACUCACGAUACAGCAGAAAAUUGUAGAAACGACAUAUUAGUUACUGGUGUCAGUAGAGUUGGUCCCAGUUAUCGAUCAGGACCCGGUUUCUGUCCCACUAUAAAUUCAACGUCCGACGGCACAAACGAGAUUCUAGUUCCAUCCGGCGUAAAGAAAGCGAUAAAAGUUAAAGUCCACAUAAUAGGUCAAUUUAUCGUCCAGACAAGGUUCGUUUGUCAAUUCAAUAUAGAGGGGCGUGUGACUCAUGUCAACGCGCAACUACUUGCCGACACUAUUUACUGUGAAGCCGUUGAAUUUACGUAUACAUCACGUGCUCCAAAUAUUACUGCUUCAUUCGCUGUUAUAUGGGGAGGAUCGAAGCCUCUAGAUAAUCCGGAUAAUACUCAUAUACUUAUUUAUCGUUGUAAUGAUAUGGCAGAUAAUUGCGGCAUGUGUCUAGCACUUCCAGAAAAAUUUGGGUGUGGCUGGUGCCAAGGAUCAGAUAGAUGUGAAGUCCAGGAACAAUGCGGUGUACCUAGCGUUUGGUUAAAUCGUACGCAGACUUGCCCUAAUCCAGAGAUUCAUUCCUUUCGCCCUCAAUUGGGUCCAUGGGACGGAGGUACUAAUAUUACCAUAGAAGGUAUUAAUUUAGGUCGUAAUAUAUCUGAUAUCUAUAACGGUGUUACCAUAGCUGGUAUUAAAUGUCAGCCAAUAAUAGAACUUUACGUAAAAACUAAGCAAAUCGUGUGUACCGUAGACGGACCGGGAGAAGAAGUCCCUCGAGACGGACCUGUAGUAGUUCGCGUUGCGGAUUAUCGCGGGGAAUCGAAACAUCAUUACGCAUUUGUUAAUCCGAAAAUUAAUUCUAUUCAACCCAAAUAUGGACCGCAGUCCGGAGGCACGAAAUUACGUAUAACAGGCGAGUACCUCAACGCAGGGAGUAAUAUUCAAGCAUUUAUAGACGAUUUGCCGUGCGCCAUACUGUCUGUAUCGCACGAGGAAGCAGUUUGUAGAACUAGCCAUUCAUAUCAAAUUAAAAUGGGAACAUUGCGAAUGCGAUUCGAUAACGGUAUGCGAACUUUAGAACGAGAAAAGUUUGAAUAUAUGGAGGACCCUAUUGUUGCGUCCGUAGAGUCCGGCCCGCCGCUAACGACCCAAAGAAAACAACCUAAGGGUAUACCGUCCGGCGGGAUAAACAUCAAAGUGACUGGACAGAAUUUCCAUACAAUUCAAUUUCCACAGAUAUACGUAUAUCACGAUAAUAGACCUUACAUCGCUCCUUGCAAUAGGGUUGAUUAUCAGUCUCAUCUCAUUUGUGAAUCUCCCGGAAUAGAAAGUGCUGGUCUCAAUCUAGAUCCCGAUAGACCUUUAGAAUUAGAAUACGGUUUUAACAUGGACGAUGUUCAAAGCGUACAAAAUCUGACUAGUAAAACAGGUGAAGCAUUUCUGCUGUAUCCAGAUCCCAUUUAUGAGAAAUUUGACGAGGACGUUAAGUAUUAUAAGUCUGAGUAUUUAACUAUCAAUGGUCAAAACUUAGAUAGAGCUUGCACUGAGAGUGAUGUAGAGGUUCAUAUUGGAGAUAGUUUGUGUAACGUGACAUCGCUGUCAAGACAUCAAUUGACCUGCCGUCCUCCAUCUCGCGAUGAACUUCCCGACGGCGUUGAUACACCCGAAGUUGAAGUCAAAGUCGGACGUGCCCUCACGUACAAGAUUGGCAAAUUAUCUUAUUCAUCGCAGGCUGGCCUUCAAGCCGCCAUAGGCAAGCCAGCUUUAAUAGGCAUCGGCGUCAGUGCCGGUAUACUCCUUUUGAUAUUCUUCGGAUUUUUAGUUAUGUAUAGGAGAAAGUCAACUGAAAAUAUUAGGGUAUUAAAAAAUAUGCAAGAGCAAAUGGAUAUUCUAGAAUUAAGAGUAGCUGCUGAAUGUAAGGAAGCGUUUGCUGAAUUGCAAACGGAAAUGACCGAUCUGACUGGAGAUGUGACGGGCGGCAUACCUUUCUUAGAUUACCGUACGUAUGCUAUGAAAAUAUUGUUCCCUAACAUCGACGACCAUGCCGUCCUGCAAUGGGAGCGCCCAGAGCUUAUUAGGAAAGAGAAAGGUCUUAGAAUGUUUGGGCAGUUAAUUAUGAACAAAACAUUCCUUCUAUUAUUUAUUCGUACUUUAGAAAGCAAUAGGUAUUUUUCAAUGCGCGAUCGUGUUAAUGUAGCUUCUCUAAUUAUGGUUACUCUUCAAAGUAAGAUGGAGUAUUGUACUGAUGUUUUGAAGACAUUGUUAGCGGAGUUAAUAGAAAAGUGUAUGGAAGGAAAGAAUCAUCCCAAGUUGUUGUUGAGACGGACCGAAAGCGUCGCUGAGAAAAUGUUGAGCGCAUGGUUCACUUUCCUGUUGUAUAAAUUCCUUCGUGAAUGCGCUGGCGAACCGCUGUAUUUGUUGUUUAGGUCGAUGAAAGGUCAAGUCGACAAAGGACCUGUGGACGCGAUUACUUCGGAGGCACGAUAUUCUCUUAGCGAAGAGAAGCUCAUUAGGCAGUCGAUUGAUUUUAAACCUAUGACGGUAAGCGUGUCAAUAUCGCAACAGACAUUAUUCGUUAGCGGCUUAGAGGCUACAACCGAAAACGUACACGUUAAAGUUCUCGACUGUGAUACGAUAAGUCAAGUAAAAGAAAAAUGUUUAGAUGCAAUUUAUCGUGCAACUCCUUAUUCCCAAAGACCAAGUCGUGACGACCUCGACUUGGAAUGGCGCACAGGCGCAUGCGGACGGCUGAUCUUAUACGAUGAGGACAGCACUACUAAAUGCGAAGGCGAAUGGCGCAAGCUCAAUACUCUUAAUCAUUACCGCGUGCCGGACGCUGCGUGUCUUAGUCUUGUCGCGAAACAAAGCUCGGUAUAUAAUUUAUCAAAUAUGGAGAAAAAUGAUAAGUCGCAUACUUAUGAAACACUUAAUCGCGGUAAAUACGGUUCGGCAAGUCCACCAGCUAGCCCCCUCAAAUACGAACAUGGCGGUGGUUUUAAAUACUGGCAUUUGGUUCGCCAUCAUGACGAUGACGCACGUAAAGAGGGAGAACGCGGCAAUAAAAUGGUUUCGGAAAUAUAUCUUACUCGUCUUCUCGCCACCAAGGGCACUUUGCAAAAGUUUGUCGAUGAUUUAUUCGAGACUAUUUUUAGCACAGCCCACCGCGGCUCGGCGCUUCCUCUCGCUAUAAAGUAUAUGUUCGACUUCCUCGACGAUCAGGCGUUGCAGCACGCUAUCUCCGAUCCGGAAGUUGUUCACACCUGGAAAAGUAAUUCCCUUCCUCUACGUUUCUGGGUCAAUUUGAUAAAGAAUCCUAACUUCGUAUUUGAUGUUCACAAGUCCAAUACUGUAGACUCUUGCUUGUCUGUUAUCGCGCAAACGUUUAUGGACUCUUGCUCCACUUCCGACCAUAUCCUAGGUAAAGAUUCGCCGUCGUCCAAGCUUCUUUACGCGAAAGACAUACCGGUAUACAAGGAGUGGGUGGAGCGUUAUUAUGCGGAUAUUAAGUUAAUGCCAGCAAUAUCCGAUCAGGAUAUGAAUGCUAUGCUCGCGGAGGAGUCACGUCUUCACACUAAAGAGUUCAAUACGAACUGUGCGCUGAACGAGCUGUAUACGUAUGCAGAGAGGUACAACGAACAGCUAACGGUGACCCUUGAGGAGGACGAGUUCUCGCAAAAGCAGCGGCUCGCGUACCGCCUCGAACAGGUGCACGGGUUGAUCGCACACGACUAUAACGUGUGAUUGCCCGUGUGGGAGCCCGUGACACCAACCCCACCGCCCUGUAUAUAAAGCCCCCGCACAUAUCUAUGCUGGCAAAUAUUGUAUAUAUUAGAUAGUGUACAGUCAUUAAUAUUGUAAUUUUUGUAUCAUUUCUGCGGUCCGAUGUCGUUUUUUAAUUUUAUAUAAUGAAAUUUGUAUUAAUUUUACACGACGAGCUCGGCCGGCCGCGGUCGUGCCACAGUAAGCAUCGUAAUAAAAAUUGUGUAUGUCUGUCUAUGUGUGCUCGCGUCGUACGAGUUAAUGUUACGUCGAUCGGUGUAAAAUGUGUGUCGCAAACGAAAUCGCAUGUGAGCUCGCCGGCGAGCGAGGCCGUCGCUCGCCGACGGGCGAUUUUAAAAUUUGUACUCACUACUUAAAGAAAUAUCCGACAGUGAUGCCCUGAACGAUUCCAAUAAAUAAAUAUCGUCGAAUAUAAA